CUUCAUUGCAACUCAUCCAACCUUACGCAUCAUCAACAUGCACCUCCCCAUAACCCUCCUGACAGCUCUCCCGCUAUGGCUCCCAGCGAUAAACGCGUACACGCCUCUCUCAGAAAGCUUCCUCCGCGCCAUCCCCUCACCAGGCAAUGCUUUCGACAUUGACCAAGCCAGCAACGGAAGCCUCCUCGCGCCUCUCCUCAUCCCCCGUGUACCGGGCACACCAGGGCAAAAAGCCGCACAAGCCCAUCUGUACAAUUACUUCCAAACCGCGCUCCCGCUAUGGAACGUCACCUGGCAGAACAGCACCUCGACGACGCCAGCAACAGGAACCCAGCAGAUCCCCUUCGCGAACCUCAUCGUCCGCCGCGAGCCCCCCUGGGCCCAACCAGGCGGCACAAACUUCCUCACCCUCGUCGCCCACUACGAUAGCAAACGCGCCCCCGAGGGCUUCAUCGGUGCCACCGACAGCGCAGCGCCCUGCGCGAUGCUCAUGUGGGCCGCCGCAGUCCUCGACAAGUACCUUACGCAGAUGUACACGGAGAUGUCAGCGCUGGGCGAAGGCGGCGACGACCUAGCCAUGGACAUGGGCAUCCAAUUGCUGUUCCUCGACGGCGAAGAAGCAUUCAUGCACUGGACCGAUACCGAUUCCUUGUACGGCGCGCGCUCGCUCGCCACGCAGUGGACCAUGUCCCCGAACCCGCGUCCCCAUCAUAAAUUCUACAAGUACCGCACCCCGCUGCAGCAGAUCUCGCUGUUUGUCUUGCUCGAUCUGCUCGGGGCCAAGGAGCCUAGGGUUCCUAGUUACAUGCCGACGACGCACUGGGCGUACAAGGCGCUGGCAGGCGUCGAGAAGCGGUUACGUGGUUUCAAUCUGCUCGAGUCGUCGUCGUCUUCGAAACGAGAUGGGGGUGAGACUCUUGCUUUUCUGCCUGAUGGCGAGAGCGAUACCGCGCGUGCGAGGACCGCGCGCAUUUCGGACGACCAUUUACCGUUUAUCCAUAAAGGAGUCGAAACGCUGCAUUUGAUCCCCAGCCCGUUCCCCGACGUGUGGCAUACGAGUAACGAUGACGGGGAGCAUUUGGAUUUAGCGACAGUGAGGGAUUGGGCGAAGAUUGUGGUGGGGUUCGUGGGGGAGUGGUUAGAUUUGAUGGAGGUGUGGACGGAGCCUGAGGGGGAAGGCCAAGGACAGGAAGAAGCUACAUCUGGAAAUGAUAAAGAGACGAUGGAAAAGGAGAGCACAGAAGGAGGGAAAGCGAGUUUCGCAGAGAGAAGAAGGUCAUUCUUGACGUCUUCUUUUCCUCCUUAG